CUCAAAUAGUACAUGGCUAGGUAGAUCUUUUUCUGUGAGUUGACUGAGAGUUCUCUUUCACUGAACAAGCUUCAAAAGACUCUUGUUUUCCAAGCAUGGCAGGGUUGUACAAGCAUCUAAUGAAAGCCUGUCCAUUUCGACUCCCAAGSGUUGGUAACUUGUCCUUACGGACUGUUGUAGCCGCGGUUUCAAAAGCACAAAUUACUGGCUUCUCUACAUCAUCUAGUUUGGAUGGGAGAACACRAUAUUCAUUCAUGAAAACACCUCGUAGUAUACCAAACAUGAAGAUACCUGGGUACCUGAAAGAUGGUAGUGUCAGAAGAAGCAAUGCACGUUCUGGAAGGAACCACUCUGGGAAGAUCACUACRCGUCACCGUGGAGGAGGACAUAGUCAGACUUAUAGGAUAAUAGACUUUGUACGAGCACCUUUUGAUAAAAACGUUGAAACAUUUCCAGUCAUAAAGGAGAAGGUWUUGCAAAUYGGUUAUGAUCCUUGUCGUUCAGCAAGGAUAGCUUUAGUAGCAGGUAAUGGUAGUAACAARCAGAARCURCUGAUUGCUCCAGAUWCAGUACAACAAGGUGACAUUUUAACGUCACACAGAGGAAAACCUGCAUCUUUAGCGCUUCUMAAGCCAGGCGAUGCCUAUCCUCUAAAGUAUUUACCCAUUGGUACUGUAGUCCAUAACAUUGAGUUAAAGCCUGGUAAGGGRGCACAACUGGCUAGGGCUGCUGGGACRUCRGCACAACUUAUCCGCAAGACAGAUACCACAGCAGUUAUAAGGCUUCCUUCAAAGGUGGAGAAAGAGAUUGAUAUUCUCUGCAUGGCAUCUUUAGGAAGAGUUUCAAAUAUCGAUAGGAAAAAUAGAGUUAUYGGUAAAGCAGGUCGCAAUAGRUGGCUGAAUAGRAGACCUAAAGGACAGACAGGCAUUGAUAGGACUCAUUGGAAAAAGAAAAGAGUGUAGUCUUUAUUUUUUUAUUGUGUUUUGAGUUAAAUAUAUUAAAUUCUUUUUUGAAUUGAA